GAAUAUGUUAGCUUAAUGAAGGAAAUUUCGAUUUGAUUAACAGAGCAAAAUAAUUUUUUAUUGAUUACAACAAAAUGGAUCUGGCAAAAUCAUUCUUCAAUCAAAGAGAUCAUGAUGGUUAUGUUGAUAAGGAGGGCCACAAUAAACGUGAACUACAACUAGUUAUUGAUGGAGAUGAUUUGGCUGAAGGUUGUGCUGAAACUUUCUCCGAGGCUUCAAGUUUGAAUGAUUCUUUGAUACCGAGUCCAGGUGGUCCUUUUUCUGCCCUAAUUCCAAGUAUGUGGCCUCAAGAUUUACUGGCCAAGUCUGUAGUUCCUGAUGACCCUAACUCGCAACCAGAAUACAGGUUUGAUGAGUUCGGGUUCAGAGUGGAUGAAGAAGAUGGUCCAGAGCAAAAUUCUAAAAAACUUCUUGGUAUUCCAUUUGUGGAAGAUCCUCAGCAUAGACUUAGAUGGGUGGCCCAUUUGGAAUUUUCUCACAACAAGGAAGUUUCUGAGUUAACCUGGGAUAAAGUAGAAGUCAGGCUCCCUAGAACUGAUAAAUUAUGCUCAAUGAUGAAGUCGGGAAUUCCACAUUCUCUACGCUCUCAGAUUUGGGUAAGAAUAUCAGGUGCUUUGGAAAAGAAACAACAGUCUGAACUGAGUUAUAAAGAAAUAGUCAAGAUGUCUAGCAGCGAUUCUCUGAUGACAUCGAAGCAAAUUGAGAAAGAUCUACUACAUGUUAUGCCAACUAAUGCUUGUUUCAGUAAUUCAAACAGCACUGGAGUACCUAGGCUUCGGAGAAUAUUGAGAGGAAUUGCAUGGUUAUAUCCAGAAAUUGGGUACUGCCAAGGCACAGGAAUGAUUGUUGCAAGUUUAUUGCUGCUGUUAGAAGAAGAAGAUGCAUUUUGGAUAAUGGUUACAAUAGUUGAAGACCUCUUGCCAGCCUCCUACUACAGUUCAACUCUGUUAGGGGUGCAAGCCGAUCAACGUGUUCUACGGAAUCUCAUAUCAAAUUAUCUGCCAGAUUUGGAUGAAAAAUUGAAAACUCACGAUAUCGAAUUGUCCUUGAUUACUUUGAACUGGUUUCUUGCUUUAUUUGCCAAUGUAGUCCAUAUGAAAAUUUUACUCAGAAUUUGGGAUUUGUUCUUUUUUCAUGGUUCGAUUGUUUUAUUCCAAAUCAGUUUGGGAAUGCUGAAAAUGAAAGAAAAACAUAUCAAGGAACUAGAAAAUUCUGCCGAAAUAUUCAAUGUGCUAUCCUCUAUACCGGUAGAGAUUGAUGACGUUGAGCAACUUAUGGAGGUUUCACUCACACUCACUGCUUCUUUGAAUGAGCUUAUGAUAGAAACUUAUCGAAGAAGACACCUGGCCUACUUAAUGGCUGAUCAAGGGACUCUUGUAGGUAACCCUGAAGCCCUGCCAAAUCUGCCAAAGCAACAUUUAUCAAGGCGUCAAGUAAAAAAGAAUAAGUCGAUGAUUCAAAUGCUAUUAUUCAAUGAAGUUGAUGAGAAUGAUAUAAAAUCAAAAAAUAUCAAGCAGACUGAAAUAUUGGUAGAUUUGAGAGAAGCUGUUCUUCAGAUAACUAGAUAUUUUUUACAAAUGGAUCCCAAAUUGAGCUCGGAAAUAUCGUUAGUUGCCGACUAUUCCAUGGAAUCUCAUGCUGCAGAUCAUUCCAAUUAUAUAAACGUUUCCAAAAAUAGGAAACGUAGAGCUAAGGCUUUAUUAGACUUCGAGCGUCAUGAUGACGACGAACUAGGUUUUAGAAAAAAUGAUAUCAUUACACUCAUAAGCCAAAAGGACGAGCACUGUUGGAUAGGAGAACUGAACGGUCUCAGAGGUUGGUUUCCAGCAAAAUUUGUCCAACUUUUAGAUGAAAGGAGUAAGCAGUAUAGUUCAGCAGGUGAUGAUAGCAUAUCAGAGACCGUGACUGAUUUAGUUAGAGGAACUUUAUGUCCAGUUAUUAAGCAAGUUCUAGAACAUGGCAUGAAAAAGCCAAUAUUCCUAGGAGGCCCGUGUCAUCCAUGGCUUUUCAUUGAAGAAUGUGCAACGAAAGAAGUUGAAAAGGAUUUCAAUUCAGUAUACAGUAGACUAGUACUAUGUAAGACGUAUAGGUUAGACGAGGAUGGCAAAGUUUUAACGCCGGAGGAGCUGUUGUACCGAUGUGUUCAAGCAGUUAAUUUGACCCAUGAUAACGCCCAUGCGCAAAUGGAUGUCAAGUUGAGGUCUUUGAUAUGUAUGGGUUUGAACGAGCAAGUUCUUCAUUUGUGGUUGGAAGUCUUAUGUUCCAGUAGCGAGGUUGUGCAGAAAUGGUAUCACCCUUGGUCAUUUGUUUAUAGCCCAGGAUGGGUACAGAUCAAAUGUGAUUUGAGGAUUCUCUCACAACUCUCGUUCAAUCUGAACCCCAAUUGGGAACUGCCAGUAAAGAAGGAGAAUAAUAAUCAACCACUAAAAGAUGGAGUGAGAGAUAUGUUGGUGAAACAUCAUCUUUUCAGUUGGGACAUCUAGAUGAGCUUUCUAAGAUACAUCAUGAAUCCAUUCCAAAAAAUUGACACAAAUUUUUCCAAGAAGUUCUAAUUGUUUAUAAUCAUAUCAAAUUCAAAUGUGUUUAUUUACACCCGUAACAACGUAAUAUUUUUAUAUCUUCAUGAUGGUUUUGCCUAUGUUCAUUGACUCUACCUCAAUUUUACGUAAAUAUGCGUGGCAGUUGGACAUUUGUAAUAUUUAUCAAUUUUUUGGAAUAUGCAUUAAUACUGUGUAACUUAUUUAUUUUGUUAAUUCUUAGGGAAAUCCAUAUAUUUAAUAAACUAAUUUUAUUGUUUUCUA